CCUCAACAUGUGUCGGCAUCGUUAACCCUCCACACCAACCGAAUGUUUUCGUCUACCUCGAACUGUAUUGCGACGGAGCAAGAUUCAGAAGAUUUAUGUGUCUCGUAGAUCGUGCGUAGGAGCUGCCGAGGGAGGAAAUUGCUGUUGGACGCCAUGCCAGAGGAGCAGCGGUCCAUCAUUUUCAACAGCGCGGCAGGGGCUGGCGCAGGAAUCAUUUCCGCUACUUUUGUAUCUCCUCUCGAUGUGGUGAAGACUCGUUUGCAGGUUAAUCGGCCGAUUUUAAACUCUGAGGGGCCCCUAAAAGGUUGGACAACAAUCGGAAUCUUGUCGAAAAUCUUAAGAGAUGAGGGUCCCAGAGGUCUUUAUUUUGGUCUGUCACCAACUAUGGUGGCUUUGCUCACGAACUGGACGGUUUAUUUCACAGUUUACGAGCAUCUCAAAAGGGUGCUACAAAGCGAGGAACUUCACGAUGCUGAUCACACCACUCUUCACAGGAUGCCUAUAGGUACCACUUUAGUGGCGGCCUCGGGAGCUGGGGUAGCUACUAAUUUGGUUACCAACCCCCUAUGGGUGGUUAAAACCCGUCUGCAGACACAACGUUUAAGAUCAGACAUAGUGCCAUACAAGAGUACAUUUUCUGCUCUUCGCCGCAUAGCUGCUGAGGAGGGCGUUCGAGGGUUGUACAGUGGACUGGUGCCGGCCUUGGCAGGAAUUAGCCACGGGGCCAUACAAUUCCCUGCAUACGAGUACCUGAAGGAAUUUUUUGCUAACAGAGAUAAGACAUCUGUGGAGGAAUUAAGUCCACUUAAUGUAGCAUUUGCAUCUUCACUUUCGAAAUUUAUUGCCUCUACGCUUACUUACCCUCAUGAGGUAGUUAGGUCAAGGCUCCAAGAACAAGGCCACUCAAAGUUAGUGCAACUCAGGUAUGCAGGGGUUGUCGAUUGUAUCAAGAAAGUAUCCGUUGAGGAGGGUCUCGCUGGGUUUUAUCGGGGAUAUGCUACAAACCUGAUGAGAACCAUACCUGCAGCAGUGAUCACCUUCACAAGUUUUGAGCUUAUUAUUAAGCAGCUACAUGUUUUGUUUCCGCUCAAGCAUCAGCCAGGUACAUGGAUCACGGGGAAAGGGACUGAACAGGCCACUCGUGUUGCAGAUGCGCUGGUAGCAGCAGGGCAUGAUCCUGCUGCUUCCAAAACGAAUUCUUUAUGACGUUCAAGGCAUGAAUGCUUCAAUCAAGACGUUAUUCUCAGUUUGUGUUUCAUCAACUGGACCAACAUCUGUGAAGCUUGUUUUUAUAUUGCAUCAUCAUACUCGUACUGCCUUUGUCAUUCAUUUAAGAGUUAAGGUGUGAUACUUAGAGAUAUUGGUUCCUCAGUAUGCAUUGGAUCCUUGGAUGAAUGAACCUCAAGUGUUCAUGGGGAUAUGUCAUGGCAUUUGAUGGUGCAUCCACGAACUGGUAGCUUGAUUUGAUUGUGGACUUCAAAGCCUUUUGCCUACCCACUGUAGAGGAGAGUUUAUCCAUUUUUCAAGUGGCAUCAUGUCUAAUUGAAGGAUAUGGAAAUUGCGGCAAUGUAAUUUAGGGGAAGAAACAGGGUAAGGAUGACUAGCCACGUUGGGAUGAUGGUGCUCAAAGCUUCCUUGAGUCCUUGGUGCUGGUUUCAUUAGCUUCAGAGCAUGUCCAGUACGACUAUUUGAUUUACUGACCUGGUGGAAAGCUGAGAUCAACACCCCAGCUCUCAACUUGGCGUGCAACUUCGUAUGGUUUGAUUUCUUUAAGUGAAGGGACCAAGGCGUUAUUGAGCACACCUGUUAUACUAGUACUUAUUGUUUGCACCACCAGUGGAUUAUACUCUCAA